AUGACUCUGUACUGGAGACAUCUGCCAAGGGCCUGGUGCUUGAACACCUGCUCUCCCAGGAUCACCAAGACCUGCCCUGCCUUGAACCUUGGUGCUUCCUGGACAUCCAUAGCCAAGCUAGAUCUUCACACAAAGCCUGCAAUGCCUCCAUGUGACUUCUCACCUGAAAGAUACCAGUCCCUUCCCUACAACCGUGUUCUGGAGAUCCACAAGCAACACCUCUCUCCUGUGGGGACGGCGUAUUUCCAGAAGCCCUUGCUGCUCCAUCAAGGGCACAUGGAGUGGCUAUUUGAUGUUGAGGGAAACAGAUACCUUGACUUCUUUUCUGGAAUUGUCACUGUCAGUGUUGGUCACUGCCAUCCGAAGGUAACGGCAGUGGCACAAGCCCAGCUGAGCCGCCUGUGGCACACAAGUAUUGUCUUCUUCCACACCCCAAUGCAUGAGUAUGCAGAGAAGCUUUCAGCACGUCUUCCUGAGCCUCUGAAGGUCAUCUUCUUGGUGAACAGUGGUUCUGAAGCCAACGAGCUGGCCAUGUUGAUGGCCAGAGCACACACGCAAAACACAGAUAUCAUUACUUUCAGAGGCGCCUACCACGGAUGCAGUCCUUACACACUUGGCUUGACAAAUGUAGGCAAAUUCAAGACAAAACUGUCCGGCACACUGGGCUGCCAAUCAACAAUGUGCCCAGAUGUUUUCCAAGGCCCUUGGGGAGGAAGCCACUGUCGAGAUUCUCCAGUGCAGACAAUUAGGAAAUGCAGCUGUGCACCAGGUCCAAAUGGGUAUGGGGUAAGAGGGAGAACCGAAUGCCAUUCUCAUAUCCUCAAAUGCUGUGAGAUAUGUUUAUGUGUUUGUUUCUUUUCAGACUGCUGUGAAGCUAAAGACCAGUAUAUUGAACAGUUCAAAGAUACCCUGAACACUUCUGUAGCCAAGUCCAUUGCUGGAUUUUUUGCUGAACCAAUUCAAGGUGUCAAUGGAGUUGUCCAGUAUCCAAAGGGGUUUCUAAAGGAAGCCUUCCAGCUGGUGCGAGAGAAGGGAGGAGUGUGCAUUGCAGAUGAAGUGCAGACAGGAUUUGGAAGACUAGGCUCUCACUUCUGGGGUUUCCAAGCCCAGGAUGUGCUGCCUGACAUCGUCACCAUGGCUAAAGGGAUUGGGAACGGCUUUCCCAUGGCAGCAGUUGUGACGACUCCAGAGAUUGCCAGGUCUUUGGCUGACAGCCUAUUUUACUUCAACACCUUUGGAGGGAGCCCUCUGGCCUGCGCUAUUGGAUCUGCCGUGCUUGAGGUGAUUCAGGAAGAAAAACUGCAGGAAAACAGUAAUGAAGUUGGCACCUAUACCUUACAGAAGUUUGCUCAGCUGCGAGAUGAGUUUGACAUCGUGGGUGAUAUUCGAGGCAAAGGUCUCAUGAUCGGGAUGGAAAUGGUGCGGGACAAGAUGAGCCGCCAGCCUCUUCCCAUUGAAGAAAUAAACCAAAUCCAUGAAGACUGCAAAAACCUGGGGCUCCUCGUUGGCAGAGGCGGCCUUUUUUCACAGACCUUCCGCAUUGCGCCCCCCAUGUGCAUCACUAAAGCAGAAGCUGACUUUGCGGUGGAAGUGUUCCGUUGUGCCUUAAACCAGCACAUGGAGAGAAGAGUGAAGUCGCAUUGUUAGAAGUCAGAAAACCUCAAGCCUUGAGAACGUCGCACUUACAGUCAAGGGUGAAUGUGAGGAAUUUAAGAUCUAUGAAUAUUUGUACAAAACCUGCAGUGUGAAAGGCAAGGUGGUCUGCUCCCAGCCCUUCUGGUCAGAGGGAGAAGCCUUGGGUCAGAGCCAAAAUCCCAGCCCAUCUGGGUUGGUUGGUGCCCCACUGCACAAACAUGUGACUCAUUUCUGGUUGACAAAUCCAGAAAAGCUUUCUUCACACUUGAGUCCUCAGCUUAGGACGAGGUGUCCUGUUUGUGCACUGAAAACACUGCACAUCACGUAAGGAUCAUGGGAGCUACAUCAGCUGGCGUGGGACCACAAAGAUAAAUCCCAUUUGCUAAGAUUGGAAAGUAGACAGAAGCUAAAUGUUAAGUGGCAGAGCCGCCUUACCUGAGCACCUCCAAUUCCGUGAGAUAGUAAGCUCACUGUAUUGUAUAAGCCUUCUUGAUAUGCAUUUGCUGUUACCUAAUUGCUCAGAGAAAUAGCUGCCCCUCCCUUGUUUUCCUUAAAACAUGUGUCAAAGCCGUUUUUCUCCACUUUCACUGCCAUCAUCCCACCCUGAUCGAAACAUCAUCGUUGUUAUAAGAAUCCCUGAGACUAGAAUUUUCCAGGCUUUCAUCAUUAGAGUGAACAUUCAUAUUGUUUCCACGUAUCCAUCCAUGUGGCACUUGUCUUAAAAUGAUCAAUUUUUUUCAUUUAAUCUCAUCUUUCAUUAAGGUAUAUUUAAUAUUAAACUUUUUAUGAGAAAUCAUUUCUACUUUCCAGAGGGAAAAAGACACCAUCAAAAGAGCAUGAACACAAAGCAAUAUAAUGCUGCCCUAGCAAGACGUGGGUGUUUGCAAAUAUUGUCAGCCUUAAGCCUGAUUGUUCUUUGUGCAAAGAGAUUUCACGGUAUUUGAAGGAUAUUAGAAUAUACUGGAAAGCUGAGACCCUCUCCUACACACAGAGCAACAUCUGGAGACGCGUCCUGGUUUAUAGCCGAGUCAUCACUGUCCACUCUCCACUCCCCAAAUGUGUUUUAUCACUACACCCUACUUCAUGGCCAGAUUUAUCUCCAUUGGCCUGUGAUUUAAAAUGCAGCAUUCCCUAGCACAGCACCUUCCAGUCAUUCCUCCUCACCUAGCUAAAGUCAAAACUCCUUAGCACCUGUUCUGGUACAAUGGGAAUAUAGUUGGGUUAAAAAUCAAAUUACCUGGAACUCGGAACCUCUAUUUCUUUGUAAUAAAUAGCCUUGGACAAG